UUUAAACAUUAAACAAGUCGGGUCAGGUCCAAGGUGUUAAUAUUAUUUUCAAUAUGCCCAACCGAAAAUGUUCCUUCAACGUGAGCUUGGCCGAGUCCGAGGAUAAAUUGAUUGAUAGCCUUAGCAAUCUGCUGAGGCGUUGCUCCGAGCAGGCGAAGGAUAGGAAGACAAAUUUCAGCCUUGGCCUCUCAGGUGGCUCCCUUGUGAAGCUCUUAACAAAAGCCCUGAGGAGCAGUAGACUGGACACCAGCAACUGGGAGUUCUUCUUCUGCGAUGAACGCUAUGUGGCUGAUGAUCACAGUGAUUCCACCUAUUGUGCUUAUAGAACCGAGUGGCUGAGCCAGCUACCAGACAUUCUGGACUUACAGUUUGUCAAGGCUGACACCACCAAGCCGCUAGAUGAGUGUGCCGCCGAUUACGAGGCGAAAGUGAAGGUCAAGGUGGGUCCCAGUAAUCUGCCACAAUUCGAUUUGUUGCUGUUGGGCAUGGGACCGGAUGGCCACACAUGUUCCUUGUUCCCCGAGCAGCCGGCUACGCUCGAGGAGACCUCGCGCCUGGUGAUUCCCAUUCGAAAUUCCCCAAAGCCGCCGCCGGAGCGUAUCACCUUUACUCUGCCGCUGAUCAACAAUGCCAGGGAUGUGGCAUUUGUGGUGACCGGCGCCAGCAAAUCGGAUGUAGUGAAGCGCGUUUUCGUGGAGCAAGACAAACAGUUCCCCGCAGCAUGGGUGGAUCCCACAAGUGGCCAGCUGACCUUGAUUGUGGAUGCGGGAGCUGGAUCACAGAUUAAGUUGUAAUAUGCCGGAUUUCCAGGAUCGAGAGGUUUUUGUAAAUAAUAAAGGUUUUUAUCAAUCUUA